CCCGUGUGGCUCCCCACCCCUUAUUCCCAUCCCUUGCAGGCCCCUUGCCGUCAGGUCUGCCUAAGCCCUGGUGCUCUGCCUCCUGCCCUGCACCCCUGGUGGGGGAGGGUGGCCCCGGCAGCCCUGCCAGCCUCAACAAGUCUGGGUUCAUCCUCCACCCAGUGGGGUGCACAGAAUGGCCCUCUCCCUGGGGAGCGGGGCUGAGGCCCCCCAGAGCGUGGGCAGGGGCAGGCCUGGGCUACCAGAACCAACAGAGAGGGGGACAUGGGCCAGACACCCUGGGAGAAAGAAUCUCCUUGCUUAAAACCCCACCAGUGGGUGCGGGCUCCCCAUACCUCUACAGAGUCCUGUGAAGACAGCCCGUCUGGCCCCAGCCCAGAAAGCUGCACCCCUUAUUUGCUGCCCUCUCCCCACUCCCCAGACUCCUGCCCCCUCUGAGGCACCCGGUUACCCCCCUCGACCUCUGCUGGCCACCACCCAUCUCUGUCUGCACCCACAGCCCCCCGGGGGGGGACCCUUAGACAACUUCUUCCUGCCCUGUGUGUUUCCUUAGGUUCCAACACACUUCUUGGGUCCCUCUGGGUCCCUCUACCCAGUACAGAGCCUGGCAGACAUUUUCCUGAUGAACUGGUCAUUCAGCUAAACUGUGGGCAGGUGGACGGGGGCGCAGAGGGUCAGCCCCCUCCUGCCCUCAGAAAGUUCUGGGCUCGUCCUGGAGGUUCCCUCACACACUCAGCCCUCACUCAGACAUACUAGUCCUGCACCCCGCUUGGCGGGACUGCUGCCAGGGGUGCGAGGGGGUGGGCAGAGUUCCCAGCUGGGGGAGGGCAGGGAGGAAGCCUUCCCAGGUAAAGCAGCUUGAAGACCUGGGGAGGAGAAACGGGACUGGCCCCCAGCGGACGAAAGGAUGCUUGGCUCUGGCUGCAGGGGGCAGGAUCUGGUCACCCAGACCCCUAGAGGGACAUCCUGCUGGCCCCGAUGGGGUCCCUUCUCUCUUGUCCUGGGCGCUCUUUGGUGGUAGCCGUCCCAUCCCCACCAGAUCACCUAGCUCCCCUGGCAGUGACUGUUCGCCCCGUCGUGUCAGCAACUGAAGGGACAUGGGUCUGGAGAGCAGACCCCACACCCCAUGCACAACGGAAAGACCCUCUUACUCAGCCCUGCCCCUGCUGUCAGUGCUCCGAGAACAAUCUGCAAGGCAUCCAGGGCCUCACGCGCCUGCUGCACAAACCCCAGCUUCCAGAACGCCCGCUGUGCCUCCACGCGACUGAGACAAGGAACUUCAGCUCUCGGGAACCUCAGUUUCCUCAUCUGUAACGAGGCAUCACAGCCGCCCCGCCGGGGUGUGGUGAAGAAGAGGGGCUAAAUAGGGGGCCGGUGCAUAAACCGUGUGCAGUCCUUUGUAAGCCUUCACCCGCAUGCCGGCUUCCUUCUAGGAGAAGCAUCUAGAGCCGCCCGGUAAAUGGGUCAGUCCGUGCCAGCACACGUUAGCUGCGGGCGUUCCUAAGUGCCUGGCGCUGUGCUCAGCGGACUCCUCCUGACAACUACCGGACAGUGGUUGUCCCUGGUCCACUCAGCAAUGAGGAAGCCGGGGCUCAGAGAGGUGAAGUCAUUUGCCUGAAGUCACACAGCUGGGCCCUGGAGGAACUGGCAUUCGAGCCCAAGAUUGUUUUCCUCUCUCAGCCCUGGACUCUUAAUCCCUGUGCCGGCUUCCCCCCACCCCACCCCCCUGCCGGCUGGCCACCUCCCUCCCAUACCUGUGGUACCAUGCCUGGGGGGAAGCCCCCAGUCCUCGAGAGCUGAGUGUGAGCAGGCAGGGCGGCCGCUCCAGGGACGGGGCGGGGACAGGGCGGGCAAACCGGUCGGGCGGCUGGCACCGGCAGGGCCUCUCUCCAGUGGGGCCUGUGCCCGUGAGGCUGGCGCAGCAGCUCGGCAGGGCCGGCGGGGAGCUGCCAUCAGGUAGGUCUGGGGGACCCCAGGCGAGGGGUGGGUGGGCAGGGGGCCCCAACCCUCACUGAGCCCCAACUCCCCACCUUUCCUCUUCCCCUUGGCGUCACUUGCCUCCCCCCACCGGCAUCCUUCUCUCGCUUCUGCUUUCGACUCUUCACAGUUUCAGCCCGUGCGCCCUGUCUCGCCCUGAGUCUGCUAAGGCUCUUCCCCAUGUGUCCCAUCCUGAUUGAAUGUGUCCCCUGGAAUUCCCCUCCCCACUCCCGCCCCCGUUCAGGCCCUAGAUGCACCAGCCCCGAAGAAAUCUCAGUCACUCCGUGGCGAUGGUGGCGGCUCGGGGGCUCCCAGCUCUCCCCGCACUGGUUACGCGUCCUGUCCUGCGGCGCCAGCCCACGCCUCCCACAGCACAUCCCCCAAUACCUAGUGGUCCCCUAAGUUUACUCCACCACCCCUGGGCUCCCUGUGUUUCCCCACAUCUGCUUGGCACCUCCAUUGUCCAGGCCUCUUGGAAACUCCCAGGGGCUCUCAAACACCCAAUCACCAACCUGGGAAAUCCCACACACCCCGAAUUAGCCCCAGGACCUCCAUGACCCUUCUCCGUUCUCCCCCAUCUAGCUGUGCUGGGGGUCCUGGCCAUUUACUUUUACUCUGAAGAGCACCGCCACCCCACCUGGUGACCCAGGACCCCAACAUCAGGGACGGGGUCUCUCACCUGUUCCAGGUCCCCGCCGCCGCCAUGCACAAACACUACACCGUCCGCUUCGCCAAGGGCGUCCUGCCCCUUCGGACCCCCACUGAGGGCUACUUCUUGGACCCAGAGUUGGGGCAGCAAAAAGGAUGCCGUCACCAGUGGUGCCAUGACCCAGCGGCCCUUCGCGCCCACGGGCCCUGUCGGCUGCCUCCACAGGUGUGCUGGCAGCUGGCCUACCACAGCCACCGGGGGGGUGUCAGCGGCUGCCGUCAGGGCCCCCAGCCCCCCGGCCUGCAGCAGCAGCGGCAGCCCCAGCCCCCGCCUCCCAGCCCCCUGCGGCAGCGGCUCUGCUCCGGUCCAGGGGCCCGGAAGGGGCCACCUGCAGCCGCUGCGGCCUCCAGGCAGCCGGCCAACGCCCCCCAGCCGCCCCCCGAGCCCACCAUCUCGUCCCCCGCGGCACCUGCCAUGGCCAGCAACGGCCCAGCCCCACGCUCUGCAGCUGGCACCCUCCUGGAGCCCAGCAGGCCCCCCGCCGCCCGCCCCCUGCCUGCCCCAGCGGCCUGUGGCCCCUUCACCUACAGCUCUGAUAUCCUGACAGAGGACGAUGUCUACUGCAGCUGUCUGGCCAAGACCCUCUGCCACGUGCCUGUCCCUGUGACAGUGGGUUUCUAUGCCCCCUUUGGCUGCCGCCUGCACAUGAUGCUGGACAAGAUCACUGCGCUGAUGCAGCAGGAGGCCGCCCAGCGCGAGGCCGAGGAGCUGCGGCGGGUGCAGUGGCAGCCGCGGCCCGUGCGCGGCUGGGGCUUCCCGCGGCUGCUCUGGUACCUGGUGUUCCUGCAGCCCGUCAUCACCGAGCUGCACCUGCGCCGCAAGAACGUCAAGUUCCUCUUCAUCCGCUUCAGCGCCUGGCAGUACGCGGGCACGGACAAGCUGUGGGCCGGCCUGGUGACCACGCUGUGCGAGGGCAUCCGCCACCACUAUGGCGCGCUGCCCUUCAGCGUGUACUCGGUGCUGGGCAACAAGCCGGCCGCCACGCCGGGCUUCUGCCAGCGCGAGUGGCACUGCCGGCGCCGCGUGUGCCUGGCGCUGCUGGCGCUGCUGGCGGCGCUCGGCCUCGGCGUGGGCCUGCUCUACCUGUCGGUGGGCGCCCGCGCCCCGGGCCAUGGCGCUGCCGGCGGCAGCCUGCUGCGGGUGUUCGGCGGCGCGGCCACCACGCUGUCGGGCUCGGGGCUGCUCAUGGCCGUGUACUCGGUGGGCAAGCACCUGUUCGUGAGCCAGCGCAAGAAGAUCGAGCGGCUGGUGUCGCGCGAGAAGUUCGGCAGCCAGCUGGGCUUCAUGUGCGAGGUGAAGAAGGAGGUGGAGCUGCUCACAGACUUCCUGUGCUUCCUGGAGAUCUACCAGCGGCGUCGGCUGCGUGUCGUGCUAGAGGUCACCGGGCUGGACACGUGCUACCCGGAGCGCGUGGUGGGCGUGCUCAACGCCAUCAACACGCUGCUGUCCGACAGCCACGCGCCCUUCAUCUUCAUCCUGGUGGUGGACCCCAGCAUCCUGGCCGCGUGCCUCGAGAGCGCCGGCUCCAUGAAGGGCACGGCGGACAACGGCUACCUCUUUCUCAACCGCACCGUCACGCUGCCCUUCUCCGUGCCCAUCAUGGGCCGCCGCACCAAGCUGCAGUUCCUGCACGACGCUGUGCAGAGCCGCGACGACCUGCUCUACCGCGAGAUGACACGCAAGCUGCGGCCGGGCGGCGCGGUGGGCGGCGGGGGUGGCAGGGGCGGCCGCGGCGAGGGCGCGCAGCUCCUGGCGGUGGAGACGCAGGCGGCCGCCGAGCGCGCGCAGAGCCGUAUAGACGCCGAGGCUGCGCGCCGCAUCCAGGAGGCGCUCUUCUGCCUGCACGACGAGCGCGACUGCCUCUAUGAGUACGUGCCCGACAACGUGGUGUCCAUGCGGCGCAUUGUCAACACCGUACCCAUCACCGUGCGCCUGCUGCAACAGCAGGACGGGGACUUCGCAGGCCCCACGCCGCGCCAGGCCGUGGCUUGGGUCGUGCUGGCCAACCAGUGGCCUUGUCGCCUCAGCUGGGUGUUGCAGUGCCUGGAGGACCGGCAGCAGGCUGGGGGCGCGCCCGAGGCUGGAGCGCGCCUCUGGAACGUGUUCUACGACAACAGCCGCGAGCUGCACUCCAUGACCAAGGCGUUGCAGAACGUGCUGGACUUGGACGGUGACCCCGAGCUUUUUGAGCGCUUCCUGGGCGCCGACUUCCCUUUCACCGUGGCCGAGGCACAGACCCUGCUGCGCUGCACCGUGAACCUGGACCACUCCAUCCGCCGCCGCAUGGGCCUCAUCCGGGCUGUCAGUGCGCUGAAGCCGCCCAGCCCACCCAAGUCCCCGGCCCACGACGCCCCCCACGAUGCUCGCGGAGCCAACCAUGCCCCCGGGGCCCUCUGGUCAGGUCAGGGCUCUGGGCAUGUCCCGGCACACGCUGGCGAAGCCCACCAGCCCCGGGACCAGGGGCAUGGAGGCAAGCCAAGACCCGUGGCCUGAGAACCCUUACAGCCCAGGUGGGCCUUGAAAAAGUACCCCAGGAGCAGCGGGAGGGAACCGCUCCUCCAUCUGCCCAGACGAGGGGGCAAGGGGGUCCGCAGGGAGGCCAGUGGUGGCCACCCCCCGCCCCCAGGUGAACCUGUGAGCCACAGAGAGCUCUUUGCGGUUGCAGCGAACAGAGCCAGCAUCAGAGAGCUAGAGCCAGAGGACCAGUGAAGAACCCCGGGUUCAAGUGCAAUAAAUGGAGAUGUGAAAGCC